AUGUCGAUCAGAGUCUUUGAGUCCUGCAAGAAGAGGAGACGAACCCCAAAACUCUAUGGACUCCACACAUUCGCCAAUCCCGGUUGCCCAAUCUCACCCUCCGGUCCCUUUCGCGACAAUGUCAGAGGGUUUCUUCGAGAAUGCGCAGAGCCCGAAGGCUACAAUGUGGAAGGUAUGCCUGUCUGGUGCACAUUCCUUGUUCAGGAAAACAGGGGAUUUCUAGUUCCUUUGUACACCAUUGAAGAGAGUGUCAAGCAUUCUCUGAGUCCCUUCUGCGAUCACUGCCGCAGCAAUGGUUGGAGUCAUCAUUUUGUGUCGAAACGAAAGUAUCAUUUGAUAAUUCCAGUGGAUGAUGAGUGGAAUAAGCCCUUGGAUGAUGGUGUUUUUGACCAGCAAACCCAUCUCUUGCAUGGGUUGAUUCACUGUAAUGGGUUUGGUCAUCUGCUCUGCAUCAAUGGCAUCGAAGCAGGGUCUAAGUACCUCUGUGGUAGAGAAAUCAUGGAUCUCUGGGAUCGUAUUUGUACAAAUCUUCGUGCCCGGAAAAUAACAGUGGUGGAUGUGUCAAAGAAGCGGUUGAUGGAUCUUCGGUUGCUUCACGGGGUAGCUUAUGGACACCCUUGGUUCGGUCGAUGGGGUUAUAGGUUCUGCCAUGGAAGCUUUGGAGUUACAGAGCACAGGUACGAAAGGGCAGUUGAAAUUCUCAGCUCAAUGGAACUCGAUAAGACCAUCCAAGAUUUCAACACAACGAACAGAUACAGAGAUCUCAAGCACAUCAUUCGUUAUUACAGAGAUUUGAGUGAAACCCGAUUGAUCACAAUCAGAGAUCUUCUAAGAUUCAUGCUUACUCUCAAGUCCCGAGUUCCAUUUCAGAGAAAUUCAGCCAUUACUGCUGCACCAUUAAUGUCUUCUUCGAAACCUUUAACCAGAACAAGUCAUCAAAACAAGGUUGUGGUGAAGGAAAGGCCUAUGAAGUACAGAAAAUUUUCUACUGUAGCUGCCAAUUUAGACAGCCGAUGGCCUGUGAGAAGAUUGGAAUAUGCAGCAAAUGUGGUUGUCGAUGCAUUGAAAGAAAAGAGAGCAACAAACAAGUCUGGCAAUGCUGGGAUGACCAGGCAAGAAGCACGCGAUGCAGCUCGCCUGCACAUUGGGGACACGGGUUUGAUUGAUUACGUACUGAAAUCGAUGAACAAUGUCAUCGUAGGAGGCCUGGCUGUUCGUCGUGCUGUGAACCCAUCAACUCGGGUGAUAGAGUAUACAAUCCAGGAGCCUGAGAGUGGUGCUCACGGAAAUUAUCAAGAACCAGAACCAGAAAUAGAAAUAGUCCCCAAGCCACUCUCUACAACAGCUAUAGUGCCCGGGGUUGAUGUUUACAGUGAUGUGGCUUACCUGUAUAACAAUGUACUAUUGGGCUUUCCAGGUUCGGUAGUGAUUGGAUUGGCUGUUCAGACAAUUCUGGACAGCAAGCAGUUUGUGAAAGAGUGGCCAUUCAAGGACGAAGAGGACGAAUUACUGAGAUUCGUUUGUCAGGUAAUUCCAAGUUUGAGUGAUUUGGAGUCUGACCCGACAAAGGAAAUCCCUCCUGGCGAAUACAUUGUACUUCCACUGUAUGCUACAAUUGGAGACCUGAAAGCAGAAGUGCAAAGUGCAAUGAGGGACACUUACUGUGGUACUGAACAAUUAGUGGUAACAGAAAUUGAAGGAAUGGAGGGAAUAGAGGAUGUGGAGGUUCUGUUUGGUGCGGUUGAGUCGGGUUCUCAACUUUGGAUAAGAGGGAUUGGGAUGGAUUUGGAUAUGGAGCUGAGGUAUGAAGGAGGGGAUGACAAGUGGACUGUGAAAUGCAAGUGUGGGGCCCAGGAUGAUGACGGGGAGAGGAUGGUGGCGUGUGACAUAUGCGAAAUAUGGCAGCACACGCGGUGCAGCGGCAUUGAGGAUGCUGAGGCUGUGCCACCACUGUUUGUGUGUGCUGGUUGCUGUGCUUCUCUAAUGCCAUCCAGAGCCCAGCCUGCUUGCUUUGAGUUUGAGGAUUUUGGGGCUUCAACUCCAGUGGCUGAGCUUGGGAUGGAGACCCUGUACUGA